GGGUGCAGUGCAGAAUUUAUCUUGUGUUUCAUCUGGAGGAAUCUGGAAGAACCUGAACCCAGCUGUGUGUCCAUGAAGAGUGACGGGUCUAUGGGUGAACCUUUGUGCUUCAAAGAUGGACGCCACUCUGUUGAUCAAAGAGUGGACCAAGAGAGCUCAGAGGGUCCCAGUGGUCAGCCUGCCCAGCAGCAUCAAACCCUCCUGGACUCCAUCUUUAUGCUGCUGGAGGACGACAUUGUCACUUUUGUGAAGAAUGAGCUGCAGAAGAUCCAGAAGGUUCUGAGUCCAAGUUACCCAGAAUGCUUAAAGAGUGAGAGGGAGGAUGAGGAGGUGUUGAACUGUGAGGAUGAAGAGCAGAGGAGGAGCAGCAGAGAGGCAUUUCUGAAGAUCACACUGCACUUCCUGAGGAGAAUGAAGCAGGAGGAGCUGGCUGACCGUCUGCAAAGCAGAAGUCAUUGUGGAGUUUGUAAGCGUAAACUCAAAUCUAACCAGCAGAAGACGUUCCAGUGUAUGUUUGAGGGGAUUGCUAAAGAAGGAAACCCAACCCUUCUGAAUCAGAUGUUCACAGAGAUCUACCUCAUGAAGGGAGGGGCUGCAGAGGUCAAUGAUGAACAUGAGGUCAGACAGAGUGAAACAGCAUCCUGGAAACCAGACAGACCAGAAACAACAAUCAGACAAGAAGACAUCUUUAAAGCCCCACCUGGAAGAGAUGAACCAGUCAGAACCAUGAUGACAAAGGGAGUGGCUGGCAUCGGGAAAACAGUCUUAACACAGAAGUUCACUCUGGACUGGGCUGAAGGCAAAGCCAACCAGGACAUCCAGUUCAUAUUCCCAUUCACCUUCAGAGAGCUGAAUGUGCUGAAAGAGAGAAAGUUCAGCUUGGUGGAACUUGUUGAUUACUUCUUUAGUGAAACCAAAGAAGCAGGAAUCUGCCGGUUUGAAGAGGUUGUGUUCAUCUUUGACGGUCUGGAUGAGUGUCGACUUCCUCUGGACUUCCUCAACACUGAGAUCCUGACUGAUGUUAUAGAGUCCAGCUCAGUGGAUGUGCUGCUGACAAACCUCAUCAAGGGGAAACUGCUUCCCUCUGCUCACCUCUGGAUAACCACACGACCUGCAGCAGCCAAUCAAAUCCCUCCUGGAUGUGUUGACAUGGUGACAGAUAUCAGAGGAUUCACUGACCCACAGAAGGAGGAGUACUUCAGGAAGAGAUUCAGAGAUGAGCAGCAGGCCAGCAGGAUCAUCUCCCACAUCAAGAAAUCAAGAAGCCUCUACAUCAUGUGCCACAUCCCAGUCUUCUGCUGGAUCACUGCUACAGUUCUGGAGGACAUGUUGGAGACCAGAGAGGGAGGAGAUCUGCCCAAGACCCUGACUGAAAUGUACAUUCACUUCCUGGUGGUUCAGGCCAAAGUGAAGAACAUCAAGUAUGAUGGAGGAGCUGAGACAGGUCCACACUGGAGUCCAGAGAACAGGAAGAUGAUCGAGUCUCUGGGAAAACUUGCUUUUGAGCAGCUGCAGAAAGGGAACCUAAUCUUCUAUGAAUCAGACCUGACAGAGUGUGGCAUCGAUAUCAGAGCAGCUUCAGUGUGUUCAGGAGUGUUCACACAGAUCUUUAAAGAGGAGAGCGGACUGUACCAGGACAAGGUGUUCAGCUUCGUCCAUCUGAGUGUUCAGGAGUUUCUAGCUGCUCUUCAUGUCCAUCUGACUUUCAUCAACUCUGGAGUCAACCUGCUGGCAGAAGAACAAAAAAACUCCAAGCUGUCUAGAGUCUUCAGAGACAAAACAAGUUUCUACCAGAGUGCUGUGGACAAGGCCUUACAAAGUCCAAAUGGACACCUGGACUUCUUCCUCCUGGGUCUUUCACUGCAAACAAAUCAGAGUCUCCUACGAGGUCUGCUGACACAGAAAGGAAGUAGCUCAAAGACCAAUCAGAAAACAGUUGAGUACAUCAAGAAGAAGAUCAGUGAGAAUCUGUCUGCAGAGAGAAGCAUCAAUCUGUUCCACUGUCUGAAUGAACUGAAUGAUGGUUCUCUAGUGGAGGAGAUCCAACAGUCCCUGAGUUCAGGAAGUCUCUCCACAGAUAAACUGUCUCCUGCUCAGUGGUCAGCUCUGGUCUUCAUCUUACUGUCAUCAGAAGACGAUCUGGACGUGUUUGACCUGAAGAAAUACUCUGCUUCAGAAGAAGCUCUUCUGAGGCUGCUGCCAGUGGUCAAAGCUUCCAACAAAGCUCUACUGAGUGGCUGUUACCUGUCAGAGAGAAGCUGUGAAGCUCUGUCCUCAGUUCUCACCUCCCAGUUCUCUAGUCUGAGAGAGCUGGACCUGAGUAACAACAACCUUCAGGAUUCAGGACUGGAGCUGGUGUCUCCUGGACUAAACAGUCCACACUGUACACUUGAAACUCUCAGACUAAGUGGCUGUAACCUGUCAGAAAGAAGCUGUGAAGCUCUGCCCUCAGUUCUCAGCUCCCAGUCUCCUAGUCUAAGAGAGCUGGACCUGAGUAACAACAACCUGCAAGAUUCAGGAGUAGAGCUGGUAUCAGCUGGACUGAAGAGUCCACACUGCAGACUGGAAACUCUCAGUCUCUCAGGGUGUCUGGUCUCAGAGGAAGGCUGUACUUCUCUGUUGUCAGCUCUGCGCUCCAACCCCUCCCAUCUGAGAGUGCUGGACCUGAGCUACAAUCAUCCAGGAGACUCAGGAGUGAAGCUGCUGUCAGCUGGACUUAAGGAUCCACACUGGAGACUGGACACUCUCAGGACGGACCAUGGUGGACCACAGAGACUGAGACCUGGUCUGAGGAAGUAUGUCUGUGAACUGGAACUGGACACAAACACAUUACACAGAGGACUCAAACUGUCUGACAACAACAGGAAGGUGACAUAUUUGGGAGAGGAUCAGUCAUAUCCUGAUCAUCCAGAGAGGUUUGAGUGCUGGCCUCAGCUGCUGUGUAGAGAUGGUCUGACUGGUCGCUGUUACUGGGAGGUCCAGAGGAGAGGAUGGGUUUCUAUAGCAGUGAGUUACAGAGGAAUCAGAAGGAGAGGAAGCAGUAAAGACUGUGUGUUUGGAUAUAACGAUCAGUCCUGGAGUCUGAUCUGCUAUGAUGAUCGCUACUCUGUCGGUCACAAUAACUUAGUAACAGACCUCACGUCCUCCUCUGUCUCUAACAGAGUAGCAGUGUAUGUGGACGUUCCUGCUGGCUCUCUGUCCUUCUACACAGUCUUCUCUGACUCACUGAUCCACCUCCACACCUUCAACACCACAUUCACUCAGCCUCUCUAUCCUGGGUUUGGGGUCUGUUCUGGUUCCUCAGUGUCUCUGUGUCCUCUGCAGGACUGAGAGUCUCUCCUGGGACAGAAACCCUGACUGAAGAUCAGCUGCUGAAAACAAAGUUCAGUCAGUUCACCAUCAAACACUACAGACCAAACAUGAAGAAUUUGUGCCUAUAAAUCCCAUGUCAAUUU